AUGCAGCAGCAGCAGCAGGCGAAACAGCAGCAGCAGCUGAAGCAGCAGCAGCAGGCGAAGCAACAACAGCAACAGCAGCCGGUUUCACUCAACGCUCUCGACGAACAAGCGGAUCUUCCCGCGACGAGCGGCAGCGCAGCGGACUUUUCAUAUGUUUCAUUGGGGCAGUGUAUGACUGCAGCUGCAGCAACAGCAGCAGCGGCAACGGCUGCUAGUAAGGGUCUUUAUUCCGAGGUGCGCAGCGUUGAGGAUGCCUUUGCCUUGCUGCGAAGACAGUGGCUGCUGCUGCAUGCGGGGGCAACAACUGAUGGCAAGAAGGGAUCAGCGGGGUCUGCAGCAGCAGUAAGUUACAUUCCGGUUUUGCAAUUGCAGCAGCAGGACCCGUUGCUGCUGCAUGUAGAUUCACGGCAGCAGGGUCUGCUGCGUCAGGCAGUUGCUGCUGCUGUGCCGUGUCUCUGCCGCUUCUUGCUGCGGUGUCUAUCUCCUGUCUCUCUCGUCAGCAUGUCCCUUGAGUCUCUGUUCACUUUGCUGGCGCAACUGGCGGCAGCUGAGUCCUGCUGCAGUUGCAGCAAAAGGGGAGGAUCCAGCAAAGGCUUGCAGGAACAUGCAGCGGCAAGCAGCUGCCUGCAUUUGGCGUGCCCGGUGUCUCUCGCGCUGCCAGAUAGCUGUUUGGCCCAGGCAGCCCUCCAGAACACAAAUACGCAGAGCAGGCGACUCGACGCCGUCCAGUUUGCAGGGCUGUGGGGUGCCUGUCUCGGCCUCGCCGCUUCCAUCGCCAACGCAUCUGCCACAGAAUCGCAACAGCCAGCUACAGCAGCAACAGCAGCAGCUGUGCCUGCAGCAAUGACCACAGCGCAAGCUGCAAGGUCAGCUGCAGCAGCAGCAGCACAUACAAAGGAAGAAGGAGACCUCAGCAAUAUCACCGCUCUACUGGGCCUGCUGUCACGGGGAGGACCGGAGGCUCGCGCAUGCUUCUUCCUGUUGGCAGAGGCCUUGCUGCAGCAGCCCGCUGUUGCUUCUGGAGCUUGUGCAGCAGCAAUGGCUGCUGCUCCGCCUCCUGUCGGGAACGAGGAUACGGAGCAGGCGGUAUUGCUAUCGCCGUUAUUUUGCUGCUUCCUACGCUCUAGCCGCAAAACGCUUUCUCUUAGUGACCCUCAAAGCGCCAUUAACCGUCUUCUGCACGUCGCUGCUACGACAUCGGAGGCAACAGGAGAUCCAACAGCCACGCAGCAGACACCCGAAGCUGCUGCUCCUAUUACAGCAGAUACUGGGGCAUGUGCAGCCACAGAAGAGCCAGCAGACGACACGGUAACGGCAGCAGCAGCAACAGUAGCAGCGAAAUGCCUGCUCUUAGAACUCACCUGCGCAUUCAAGGCCCUCGCUGCAUUCGUCCGACAACAGCCAGAAGCGGCAGCAGCAGCAACAGCAACAACAAGGACGGUUGAUGCGGAUGCUGUCUCUGAUUUUGUGACAUUGGUUGUUGAAGCUUCUUCCAUUUUGUGCUGCUGCCGGUGCAACAGCAGCAACAACAAGGAGCUUUCUCUGCAAAGUAUGAUAGUUCUCGAGGAAGAAUCGCCGGAGAAAAAGCAGCAGGAACAGGAGAAGCCGCGCCACCAGCAACAUGUGUGCUGCCGUUGCUUCUGCAGGGGCUCUGCUGCGCCUAUUGCUGCUGCACACGCUGGACUAGAAGCAGCGGCACUCGAGGCUUUGUCCAUUUUGCCACACAUCGAGAUCCAUUGCAGGAAUCAGCAGCAGCAGCAGCUGCUGCUGCAGAUGGGUCUAUCUGCUGUAACAAUUCCCGCCAAAGCAGCUGCUCUAUUUCCUGCAGCUCUAGUGGCCUGCUGCAUCAGCCCCGCCGCCGUAGCGCCCGCUCCAAUUUUGCGUGCUGCUCCUCUGGAGAAGCUACAGCAGCCGCAGAUUCUUCUACAGCAGCUCCUACUGCAACAGCAGCAGAGGGGAGAAGUGGAUUCAGCUCUCUUCAUAGGGUGCGGCAUUGCAGUCGACAGCCUGGGGGGGCCCACGAUUUGGGAGGCACAGUGGCGCUGCGCUGCUGAUGUGACUACGGCUGCUUUCAGUGCUCUGCGGCUGCCAGCACUUGUGGCAGCAAGGGACCCCGCAGAAGCAGCAGUUAGUGCAGCAGAAACGGGAUGGAGAGCAGACUACCCGCCACACGUUCUUCGCGUUUUGCAGGGGGGACUGCUGCUGCGCCGUCUGCUCUUCAGCUGCAACAUUUGCUCGCCCGCAGCAGAGGCAGCAGUGCAGCAGACUGCAUGGGCGGCCUGCUGCAGCUGGGGGAGGCAGUUGCCUCCGGCUGCGUCCCUUGAUGCUCCCGCUGUCCGUUCCAAUCGCCGCAGCAGCAAAGUUGAGGCGGGAAAGGGAGGAGCAGCUUGCUCUUCUACCGGGGUUCAUCUCCGACCAUUUGGGAGCAUCAAGGGCAGCCGACCGCAGCAGCUGCUGCAGCGUUUCGGUCUUCCACGGCUAAAGAAGAAGACCAUUUGCACUGCUCCAGCUGCACCUUUUGCUGCUGAAGCAUGCUUUGUUCCCGAACGUGACCCAAGUGCCUUUCCGUCAGAAGACAACGAAAUCAGCGUGCUACAACUGGGUAUUGUUGCGGCGGUGCUGUCCGACGCCUUCAGAGCACAACAAGCCUUGCUAUGCUCGGCCACGCGGGGGCACGAGCAGCAGCAGUUGUCGCAAUCAGUAGUGGACACUCUGUGGUGCUGCUGCGAGAAGGCCCUUGCGGCUGCAACGCCGCUUGAACGGCUUCUAUAUGCGGAUGUUGCUGGGGGUCUGUACUGGUUUCUGAGAAUUGCAGAUUCGCCACAGCAGCAACCGGACGCAGCGGCAGCAACAGGUCUGCAAGCUGUAAACAAGCACAUAGAAGCCUUCUUACAAAUGCCUUUGAAUGCAGCAGAGACGGAGAAACGAGAAGUCCGGUUGCAGAUGAGUUCGAGUCGACUGUGCAGUGUUUCUCUUCUUGCGGCUCGCUUGCUGCCCCUACUGCAGCGUCGUGGUUCUUCCGAGGUAGCAGCUGCUGAUGGAAGCAGCAAGUGCUGUCAAGACCUCCUGCAGCUGUCUCUCGCUGCAACGUCCUCAAUUGAAGCGGCAGAACAGGUCGUUGCUGCUGCUUGCGACACUGCGGCCGCAGCAGCAGCAAAAGACAAUGCAGCAGCAGCAAAUGUAUCUUCUUCCUGCGCUCUCCUGUGCGUUAUUCGCUUCUUAGGGGCAACGUUUCCUGCUGUUGCUUCAGAUGCGGCAGCAGCAGCCAGUUCAACGACAUACGCAACGGCAUCAGGAGGAGAAACCAGCAAAAGCCUGGCUGAUUCGGAGCGCCCCGAAGACCCGCAGCAGCUGCAGCAACAGCAGCAAAACGCACUGCAGCAGCAGCUCUUUAGGGCUAUGCAGUUUUUGUUUCUAUUGCGUUCGUCUCAGUUUCACCUUUCGCGUGCUGCAGUGCUGGCUGCUGAUGCGGCGAGACAUUUGCUGGAGUGUCUGCUUCAGCACGCUGCAGCAGCAGCUGUGGCCGGACCUGAUGCGCUACUGUCUGCCACUGAGGAGUUUAUAUCGCAUGCAGCUAGGGAAGCCUCAUACCUACUUUCUGUUUCAGUCCAGCGCGUUGCAGAUUGUAGCAACAGCAGCAGCAGCAGCGGAAUCGUUCUGCAGGUCGUUGCUGCCGCUCCUGCGCUGCGGUGCCUUACGGCACUGAUGUGGAUUCAGUCUUCGGCAUCGAUAGCACAGGAGGCACCAGUACCAGCAGACGGGGAGGACAGCACUCUUGCUGCUGCAGCGUUGUCGCUUCGCGCUCUGCUGCCUGCUGCAGUUGCUGUAACAGAGUUUGCAGUUGCCUCGCCAUCGCUCGUUGUACGAAGGGAAGCGGCGCGGAGUUUGCUAUCGAUGUCACGUCCACUAAGCGAGACGAUGUGGGGCCCCACAAUCGCAUUAGCAGCAGCUGCUGCACCUCCAGAAGUAGUAACAGCAGCCACUGCACCUGUAGCAGGAGACCCGCAACUGGCUAUCUUCCUGCUGGAGGCUCUCAAUUCCGAAUGCGACGCGCUGCAGCGGCAGCUGCUGCUGCAGGUGCUGCAGCAGCAAGUCCGUAUAUGGGGGCCGAGGAAUUUGAUGCAGUGGGUAUCGCUUCUUACGUCUUUGUGCUGUGGUUGCGUCCCUGCUUCGUCUCCUUUAGCGCAGCAGCUCUGUACUUUGCGACCCAGCAGCUACAGCAACAGAUAUGGUUCUAGCGCGCCUUUCUUGCUCCAACGAGCUCAGCAACUGCUACCUCAGAGUCCCAAGGUGCUGCUCUCUCCUCUUGCUGCAGCGCGCCCUCUCCCGGCUCUCACAGGCCUUGUUUGGAAUCCCUUGCCGGGUGUAUCUGCACCUGCAGUAGCACGAACCCAACAUGAAAGUUGUCGCGCUGAUACGAAAGGCAGCACCAACGACGACUGCAACGAAUCGGAAGUGCAACCCGUCGUGCGCUCAGCUGCAGCAGAAUGUCUGGAGUUGCUGCUGACCCUCCCGGAGCUACAGCAGCAGCACCACUCCUGGGUUGCUCCUGCUGCUGAUGUGUACCAGACAAAGCAAGCUGGAUCGGAAGCAGCAACACCAGCAGGAUCCUUCCUCAUUGAUUGUCUUCCUUUGCUUGUCCGAGCUGCCUGCGAGCUGCUGUGGCAGGGGAUACGACAGCAGCAGCAGAAACAGCAGCAGCAAAGUGGACUGGCCAGCGAUGGGGGCAUUUCUCUUUCUCCUCGGGGUUUACGGAUUUUGCUGCUGCUGCUGGAGCGACUGACUGGAGAUUCGUCAGAGCCGCGCGAUGGCUCGCAAGAGCUUCCAGUGCAGCAGCUGCAGCAAUAUGAGGUGGGCGUCUCCUCUGCAGUUUCUGGGCUGCUGCGCUGUUGCGCAAAGGCUUCAGCUCCUGAGCUGCUUGAGUUGCCAGAAACAGCAGGAGCGGUAGCAGCAGCAAUAGCAACAGCCUUCGUCGCCGCGGAAGGAGAAAUGGCUAUGGCACUGCGUCGCGCUGCGUUUUUGCGUCUACGAGCAGCAGCAGCUGGCGGGGAUGCGAUUGAUGAGGAAAACCACCAGCAGCAGCUGCUGCAAGCGCAAGAGCCGCAGCAACAGCAACUCACGGACAUGGCGCUGGAGGUAAUGCUAAGGUUCGCCGAGGCCGGCUGCUGCCUUAGCCCCUGGCGGCUGGUGGGGCAGCUUCUGCUGCCAUUAGGUGACGUAGUGCAGUCCGCAGCAGCUUUGGUGGCAGAAGCGAUAGCAGCAACGCCAGAAGUUUCUCAAUCCGACUGGCUGCUGCACCGUCGUCUCCUCCUGGCCUGUCGGUUGGUUGCCCACGUUGUUGCUGCUGCAGCACCUACUACUGGUGCUCCACCUUCCACUCCCACUGCCGCUGUGAAUGUAUUUGUGGAGCAGCGCGAGCAGUGGGUUGCAGCAAUAGAGCCCUGCGCUGUCCCCCUGGCGCUGCAUCUCAUGGGACGUCUAUUGAAGCUGAGUCGUCAGCGAGAACAGCAGGAGCUGCAACAGUGCCAAAAACAGCAACAACAAGAGGAGCACCAGCUGCUGAAGGGGUUGGCACUGCUAUGUCGUCCGCUUUCCACCGAAAGCGGCGAUAGGCAAGCUGCUGCAGCUUCUGCGUUUGCUGCCCUGGCAGCUGCUUCGCGUAGCAACUCCACAGGAGGAACAGCAGCUGCAGGAGAAGCAGCGGCAGCAACAGCAACAGGCGCGGCACUACUUGAGGCGUUCUGCCACCUUUUGAACGGUUUGAGUGAUGCGCUGCUGCGGCCCGUCGAGACAGCCGCAGCGGCUUGUGAAUCUUGCCCUGCUGAUGCCGACUGGUCAGAGACAGCCGUAGACGGGGUGUGCUGGAGGUUAGAGUUGAUAGGUAUUCUGUUGCCAUCUCUUUGCUUCCCGCUGAAUCCUCAACAGCAGCAACGGAAGCAGCUCCCACAACAACAGCAGCAGCACCAACUCGAUGAAGAAGAUUGGACAGAGGACUGGCUCGGAGCAGAUAGCCCGACAAGCUCAUCUGGCGCUCAAGCACCGGUUGUUGCCCCUGCUGACGCAUCGGCUCCUGUGGUUCCUGCUGAAGGUUCAGCGGAUGUUGGGUGUCUCUAUCAUGUUGUGUUGCGCCGGACCUGUGAGGCUGCGGGACGUCUCGCGGGAGCAGCAGCUGAGGUAGCAGCAGCUGAGGCAGCAGCAGCGGCGAAGCUGGAGGUACACGACUACAGCGGCGAGGCUCCUGCUACUGCUAGCUUGCCGCAGCAAGGCAUGACCCCUUUCGAUGGGGUUGAAGAGGCGCAGGCUGCAGCCGACGCAUCAGCAUCAACGGUAGAUUUCGCGUCCGUACCGCUAACUGGAGGUGCAGCAGGAAGGGUUGUCUAUUGUUGCAUUAACUUCCUUUGGGGCGUCUCUGCUACUCUACAGCAGAACCCGGAAGUUCUAGGUGAAGAGGCAUCGGCCUUUGCCUUUUUUGGUGCGAUUCGAGACGUCUCUGGAGCCGCACUGUGGCUUCCUGUAGAUGCAGCACGGCCGGCCGCAAAAGCAGCGGAGGAUGACAGACCUUCUGGCCCGCUGUGUGAGGCUGCUCUAUCCCUACUGCAGCGAGGUUUCUCCGUCGUGGCUAUGAUGCCACCAGGGACUGCUGCUGCCUCUGCUUUCACUUUGCUGCUGUCCCCCUUGGAGGUCCCUGUCUUCCCUUCACGGCUUUGUUAUGGAACAGCAAACUGCGUCUCUCCACUCGAGGCCAUGCGCCUACUGCGCAGCCUCUACCAGGCGGCAGCGCGCGCUGCCGGUGCUGCAGCAGCAGCACCAGCAGCAGUGACGACAACCGAAGACGCAGCCGCGGCUGCGCGCUUGGCCAGCACCGGUCUCCAGGGACACUUUGCGGGCCUUAUCGAGUCAGCCGUCUCGGCUUUCACAGGAACAGCUGCAGAUUUGGAAAAAGAGCUGCCGAAAGCAGCAACAGCUGCUGCUCCGGCUGUAUCUCCUGCUGCUUCAGGAGAUACUGGCGGCGUGCUAGCCCUCGCUGCAGCGCUUGUGGCCAUAGACGCUCUUUCUGUGACGAAGGGUCCCUCGAGCAGCAUCGGCGUGAACGAGCAACUGCAGCAGCAGCAGCAGCCUGAGUGGUGUGUGCGCAUAAAGGCAGCCUUGCAGCGACUGAGUGAAUUUGCGUACGCGGUCGAUGCAAGUGGAGACCGUGUAGCGCUUGCAGCAUCAGCAGAAAAGAGAAUGGACUCGGAAGCAGCGACUGGGUCUCUUGAUAGCUCAGCAACGGCAAAAGAGCGACCUCCAACAGCAGCAGGAAUAAAGCGUAAUGUGUCGGGGAAUAGUGCAGCAAAUGGCAACGGAGCUGGCGCAGCAGACGCCACCGUCGUACUGGAAAAAGGAACAACAAGCGAUACAGCAAUUACUGCAGCACAAGGAGAGACGGGCACAGAAGCAGCAGGCGGCUUCCCAUUGCUCUGGCCAACUCAUCGUCAGCAUGCUGCAGCGCAGCUGAGGGGCUUCUUGCUGCGCGUUGCCCGGCAGCAGCUGUCUCCUGUCUGA